GCAGCAGCUCCGGGCACUGCGGGGCUGCGGGCUCUGGUCCCCGGGAGGCGGGCGCGCCGCCGCCGGUGGCAGAGCUUCUGCUAGCCGGGAUCGUGGGAUUUCUGAGCCAGGAGAUCAGGACUGGUGGAGCUCAGGGAUGGUGAAGUCUGUGACGCUUGGACAGAAGGUGCAGCUGCAGGGCCCAGUAGCUGCUGGAGGAAAGUAAUGGUGUACUUCAAACGCCUCUUGGAAACGAGGAGGAGAGCACAGGCUGGUGCCAGGAGCCAGGAUGCAGGGAUGACGCCUCCGGGGGUCCCGGCCUGCCAGCCGCCCGGGUGCUAGGAGCCGUCCCUGGGCUCCAGCGGGGAGCCCUGCCGCCCAGGGGCAUGGCCAAACCUUUCUUCCGACUCCAGAAGUUUCUCCGCCGAACACAGUUCCUGCUCUUCUUCCUCACUGCUGCCUACUUGAUGACCGGCAGCCUGCUCCUGCUGCAGCGGGCCCGAGUGGCCCUCCUGCAGGGCCCCCGGGCGCCCAGCCCCCUGCAGGCCUUGCCUGUGGCCGCCGUGGCGCUGGGUGUAGGCCUGCUGGAUAGCAGAGCCCUGCACAACCACCGUGUCAGCCCGGAGCUGCUGCUCGGUGUGGAUGUGCUGCGGAGCCCCCUGGCCCGGCCCCGGCCCGGACCCCACUCGCUCCAGAGCCGCAACUCAGAGCUGCGCCAGCUGCGGCGGCGCUGGUUCCACCACUUCAUGGGUGACACCCAGGGACCACCUGCCCUGGGCCCCGAAGCCCCCAGGCCAGCCGCUUACAGCCGAGGCACAUAUGUCGGGUGCUUCAGUGACGAUGGCCAGGAGAGAACUCUGAAGGGGGCUGUGUUUUAUGACCUGAGGAAGAUGACCGUCUCCCACUGUCAGGAUGCUUGCGCUGAGCGGUCCUACGUCUACGCCGGCUUGGAGGCUGGAGCAGAGUGCUACUGCGGGAACCGGCUCCCAGCGCUGAGCGUCGGGCUGGCGGAGUGUAACCGGGAGUGUAAGGGGGAGAAGGGCUCCGUGUGCGGGGGCGUCAGCCGGCUCUCCGUGUACCGUGUGGAAGAGCUGCAGCCAGGCUCCAGGAAGCGGAGGACUGUCACGUAUCGUGGGUGCUUCCGGCUGCCAGAGAAUGUCACACACGCCUUCCCUGCCUCCCUGAUACAGGCCAACGUGACUGUGGACACGUGCGCGGGCUUCUGUUCCCAGAAAGAGUUCCCCUUGGCCAUCCUCAGGGGCUGGGAGUGCUACUGUGCUUACCCCACGCCCCAGUUCAACCUGCGGGAUGCAGUGAAUGGUUCACUGUGCGGCCAGGAGCCCGAGGCACAGAGGCUGGGGGAUUACUGUGAGGUCUACCAGACGCCGGUGCAAGACACUCGGUGCACAGACCGGAGGUUCCUGCCCACCAAAUCCAAAGUGUUUGUAGCUUUGUCAAGCUUCCCGGGAGCUGGGAACACAUGGGCGCGGCACCUCAUCGAGCAUGCAACUGGCUUCUAUACAGGCAGUUACUACUUUGAUGGAACCCUCUACAACAAAGGGUUCAAGGGUGAGAAGGACCACUGGCGGAGCCGGCGCACCAUCUGCGUGAAGACCCACGAGAGUGGCAGGAGGGAGAUCGAGAUGUUUGACUCGGCCAUCCUGCUCAUCCGGAACCCUUACAGGUCCCUGGUGGCUGAAUUCAAUAGGAAAUGCGCUGGGCACCUGGGCUACGCAGCUGACCGCAACUGGAAGAGCAAAGAGUGGCCGGACUUCGUCAACAGCUAUGCGUCAUGGUGGUCCUCGCACGUGCUGGACUGGCUCAAGUAUGGGAAGCGGCUGCUGGUGGUACACUAUGAGGAGUUGCGCCGCAGCCUGGUGCCCACACUGCGGGAGAUGGUGGCCUUCCUCAACGUGUCCGUCAGUGAGGAGCGGCUGCUUUGUGUGGAGAACAACAAGGAGGGCAGCUUCCGGCGGCGCGGCCGGCGCCCCCACGACCCCGAGCCCUUCACACCAGAGAUGAAGGACCUGAUCAAUGGCUACAUCCGGACAGUGGACAAGGCCCUGCGUGACCACAACUGGACCGGGCUGCCCAGAGAGUAUGUGCCCAGAUGAUAGGCCCCCAGCCUCACCCCGGCCAGGACACAGUCACAGUACCAGCUGCGUACACGCUCGGAGGCUGGCCCACGGCCUCAUGGGGACACAUAGCAACGUCCAUGCAGCCAGACGGAGGGCACGCCAGAUGCUGCCUCAUGCCCAGGGGACCCGACGCAGCCCUUGGCUCCACACUCGCAGACACACACAUGUGCUUGUUGACACGCUGCCCCACACUCACAGUGCCCACAUGGGCACAGCUAAGCCACUCACACAGGGUGCUCCAGGACACUCAGACCCGCUCUUAGACUCACAGAUGCAGUCACACACAGACAUAUACGCACAAAUGCUGGGCUCCGUGUUCCCAGAGGCUGGCUGGCUAUCUC